AUGGCAUCUCAGGAGACUAAUAUUUCACCCGGUGCAGCCACGUACUUAGUCCACCAUAUAUUUCUUCCGCCAAAGCUUCCAGGAAGUGAUGACUACAAUGCGGCACAUGAAGUGUGGCUUGUCGAAAUGCUCUAUGGAGCUCUGUCUAGGUUUAAGUCUCACUUUUCAGACAAUCAACGACUUACCCUCGCUUCAGUGGCUUUUAUGCUUGAAAAAGUGAAACAAACUCAUGACUCUCAUGGACAUGUCGAUGAACCAAAACUUAAGCGAGCUCUCCAAGAACUCUGCGAAAAAGCCGAAGCGCAUGAGUUUAGACACCAGAAGCGCCAAGAACUAGGAAAGAAAAAAGAAGAGUAUUCGAGAUUGAUGGGUCUCUAUGAUAGAAGUGAGUGUGACUAUGUGGAAGGCUAUAGUCGGAGAGGUCGUCCUUAUCGCAGUCACAGCAAUUGCUGUGGAAAAUGUAGAUAUGAAAGGAAUGCCGAUGCCAUAUCCAUUGAUUUACACGAAUGGCCACUUCCAGAUUCCGAUCUACAAGCCAAGAACGCUGUCUUCGAACUUCGACUACCCUAUUCCUUCGGGUUUUGGCGUCAGACGACCUUUUUUGUUUUCAUUGACGUGUUUGGUGCCAAAUAUAAGAGCGGAAAUGGCGUAUCUAAAUUGUAUCAUCUUCGAAGUUACGCCGGGCUCGUGAAAUAUUUUGUUCCUUUUGGAGGGGAAGGUAACGUUGGUCUCUCCUCCUCAGUGAAGCCGCAUACCAACACCCACUACCGGAACAAAAAGAUCAAUGUUUUCGAUUCGAAGAAGCAGGUGUUUGUGGGCCAGUUCGAGUUUACCGAUAAAAUUGUUAAACUAUGCACCUAUACGCUGCCUACUCCGUCUUCGUCGUUGCAAAAGUUCAUGUCUAGACCGUCGCUAAAUCGAGUGAUUGCAUCACAAUCUGACUGCCCUACUCAUUUCACUUUGGAAGAAUACAAAGCUUUGGCAAGCAUUCCCCUCGGGUUCCGAGUCCAAUGGCAGAACAUCCUUGUGCAGCUGGCAAUGCCAGCGGUGGACUUCAGGAAGCAAGAAACAGCGCUUGUAAUCGCUCAGGCGAUCUACCAAGCCGGUCCAGCUUCAGCUGAGCAAGCCUUAAGACGCGGUCAUGUAUUGGUUGAAGAUCUUGCAUUUAUGGGCACUCUGUUGAUACACAUACGAAAAGCCACUGAGCGGAUCAAAGGAAACUGGGAAUCCUAUAAUGGUGUAUGGCUUUUUAUUGCCUUAACCACCAGAGUCCUGUCACUGUCAUCAUCUGAAGCCAUACAGCAUGAGUGUUUAGCCAUACUGGAUAGUCUUCGGAGUAUCUCUUUUGAGUGGGUCUCAUAUCUCAAAAACCAGAUUAAUGAAACGGACGAUCACGACCAGAAAAGGAGCCUGGUCGACAAGGCUCUCACGGUUGCUUUGAUUUGUGCUGGGUCGUUCGACUGUGAUGAGCACUUUCUUACACUUUUGCUAGGAAAUCAAGACAAUGGUUCAGUAUUCCUUCAGUGCUCUCUGUUCAUUCAGGAGAAGUUGAGCAGUGAUGAGCACUCUUCGAAUGAUCCGCUUUUCUGCAUACUUCAGCAUCGCUGGAAACGGCUAUGUCAACGGAGCUGCGCUAUCUUACAAAAGAAUGUUGUGCGUGAACGUUGCGCUUCUUUGGACCAUGCAAUCAAAAAUCAUUGGUCAGCAUACCAGGCAGGCCUUGCUUGGGCAAUCUCGGAGUGCGCACACCACUGGUUGCAAAAUGAAAGCCCAGACGGCAGUAUGGUGAAUUUUAACCUUCUGACAGGGGAACUUUUGGUGGAUGGCAUUCCUGUGGGUUACUUGCCAAAUGAAUACAGGUCGCACGCGACUUAUCAAACUCUAUUUGGACGCACUUCCCUAGAAGUCAUGCCUAGUUCAGUUGUAGGCAUGCAGGGCUGCAUUAUAUUCUGUCCAAAGGAUACUCCCUGGGCGUCUCUGGCAAAUCCCUGGAAAAUGGAGAAGCUCCGCGGGGGAUGGGUAUUGUCCAAUGAUUCCUACUCCUUAUUGAGUUUCCACAGUGAAUCCAACCAAGCGAUAUCGAAUGUGCUCUCGCCUUUGGAAGACGCUCGUUAUAUAAACUGCACUGUUAGCCGCGAUCUAACCACCCUGGAAAUUGAUUUACCGUCGCCCAACCUCCAAUUCUACGCUAAGAUAGGCGAGCUAGAAAUACAUGCGCGCCAGUAUCCUGGUAUGGUCAUUGACGAUAACCAGUUAUUGGGAACCUUGGUGGGACUCCACAGCAAGCUUAUUCUCAGACCCAAAGAGGGAAACCGUCUUGUUGUCACACCAUCGUCCAAGUUUGCCAAACGUACGAUGACCCGAGUACAUUCGUACACGGUUGACGAGCAGCUAUCCAGACUAGUUGACAACGGUAGCUUGCAUAGUAAGCUCUUCCUAUGUUACCUUCAUGCUUUGACGUCGUUUUGCUUGGUUGAUCCCUUGACCAUGAGAACAGGAACGGAGCAAGCACUGUCAAUUUUACAAUCUGCAGCCGUCAAAUCUUUCGAUAGACUAACCAAAGAGGACAUCGAUCUUUUGGCACACAUUGCCAAGUUAAGCCCAGGAAGGGAAUAUUAUCCUAGAUAUCUGCACGUCAUACAGGUAGUCACCUGGGACUCAGUGUUAAGCUAUCUAUCGCAACAUGGCCACUUUUUGAAACAUGUCCAGGCUAUGUUUGAACACUAUGACAAGAUGAAGAUCUUUCAUGAAGGCCAAUAUGUAAAGCCUUGGGGUGUGGAUCAUGCCGAGGAAGCCCUUUUAAAUCGUGACUUGAUCCGAUCUUCCAUGCUGCGUAUUUCAGGGUUCGGUGCUGAGGAUCAUACUCUUUCCAUGGAUGCAAAAUACACCCCUAGAGAUAGAGGUAUCUUAUCAGCACCUUUCCAACGGGCUUUCAGAUUGUCAAGUUUUAUCUACAACGGUCGAACCGACAUUGAGUAUGCAUUGCCGGAGAGCACUUUUGAAGAUAUCUGGAAAUUUUUACGUGAAACUUCCGGCACGAUCCCUGGUCCAAUGACGCCACUUGACAUUUCUCACUUGAGAUACGAUGCAAAGUUGAUCUUGAGUCCUUCAGAGCAGGAUAUCAAACCCCUGGUGCGGGGUCGCUCGGAGCUGAACAAGUACCAUGUGAUGAUGUGGCUAGCCACGAUGGCCUUCUCUGAGUCUUCUCAAAUGACUUUCCUUCAGAUCCCGGGCACCUUUUCGUCCCAUAAUUUUCCGGAUGCACCUGCCAAAUCAUCAUUUAAUCUUUUGGUGGGAUCUGAGGUGGUUACGGAACAACUGCGUCUCGCUUUGGAGCCGUUUGUGCGUCCCAUAGGAAGUUGUCCCGAGUCACGGCUUACACAGCAAACGCAUGAAUCUGUGUAUGAUUUUUGGGAGCGCAAGCAAUCCUUGUACCAAAGCAAUUGCACUGUUGCUGUACAAGCAGCUAUGGAUGCUCUGUGUUCUCAAUGGCCCUGUGAGACGCCUACAAUUCCUCCAAGUCAUUCUGAUAUAGAAAUCCUCCAAUAUGUUAACGUACAGACUGCUAACACCAGAGUUCGAGAGAUCUUCAACCAUUGGUACUCCAACUUUUUGCUCCGCAGUUUCCUGAAGGACGUUUGCAAUAUAUUGAAAUGUGUACCUGUGGCUCAUACUGCUGUGCCUUCGAUACCUGAGAUCAAAGCUGAACGCAUUCCGCAGCGCAAACUAGGAUACGUACCUGUGGACAGUGUCUUUGAGGCCACAGAGAUGCAAACCGUCGGCUCACUGUCGUCACCACUAAGUAAUUUGCCACUGAUACCCAGAGCUGAUGAAGGAAAACCAUUGCAACUUCUGCAUAAAUUGAUUCAUAACAUGAGUGCUGGGUGCGCCUCUGAAUACGAAAGAUUAUAUCUAAAAAGACUACAAGAGAGUCUAGUUUCACUUCAAGACAAAUCAUUCAAGUGGAACAUUGAAGUCGAGGAAUCCGAGCAGGAACAGCUUCUUCGGGAUAACCUUGACUUCUGUCGAAAAAGAGUUGGAGAUGUCUACCGGAUUAUGGUUGCAUGCGUGUCACCUUCAAUCGUCACCCGUCCAACACACUUGAGUCAAGACAGUCAUGCCCAUGCAGUAGCAUUUGCUGCUGGUCAGUGGCCAAGGAUCGCACCAAUACUUUUUCUGGAGCAGCUCGCGCGACAGAAGUGGUGCCGAUUGAGCAAUGAUUGGAAAGACUGUAUUGUUUCAUAUGGAGUGGCACUGACUCAACUGCAUCGUGCAGCGCGACUUUGCGGCCUCGCAGGGAGAAAAGAUGACCUGAUCAAGCAGCUCCAAAAUCAUGGCCAUCAGAAUUGGGAUCCUCGACAGUAUCCCGAAUCAUUGCUUCUAGAAGUCGAGAAUGGAAUAAUGAUCCGAGAGGUACAACAGGAAAUAGUCAUAGAGAUUGUCAACCAAACGGGGGGCACCAAUCACGUUAUGCAACUGAAUAUGGGAGAAAAAAAAUCUUCCGUGAUUGUACCCAUACUAGCUUCAGUGCUCGCUAACCCUUCUUGUCUGAUUCGAAUUAUUGUUGCAAAACCUCAAUCUCGUCAAAUGCUACAUGUCUUGACUUCCAAGCUGGGCGGUCUGAUUAAUAGACGAGUUUACCACCUACCAUUCUUUCGGGGCAUUCGUCCAUCAGAGUCUGACGCAGUUAAGAUUGAAGAAAUGUGUCGGGAGUGUAUGACAAACGGAGGAGUCCUUCUAGUACAGCCUGAGCAACUGUUGUCGUUUGAACUUAUGUGCAGUGAAUCAUUGAUUGAGGGCAACGAACCGCUGGGUCGAGCUUUGCUAAAGACGCAGCAGUUUUUUGAUGAAUCCACUCGCGACAUCGUCGAUGAAAGUGAUGAGAACUUUAGCACAAAAUUCGAGCUCGUCUAUGCCAUGGGAACACAGAAAUCAAUCGAGCUCAGUCCUGAUCGGUGGUUAUUCAUACAAACAUUGCUCAGCCUUGUUGGCGAGUUUGCCACUCAAGUGCAAAACAAGUAUCCUCUAUCAAUUGAGGUGAAUCCAUCUUGUCCCGGAAGCUUCCCGAGAACUAGACUGUUAAGGUCAGAUGCUCAGAUUGACCUUAUUGACCGACUCGCUCGAAAGAUCUGUGAUACCGGCAUGAAAAAUCUACCCAUAUACAGACAAUCAAAAGAGACUCGACAGGCAAUCUUCAACUACAUCGUUGAACGUCAUCCUAGUGAACAAUGCACAUCCCUGAUUCAAGAUGACCGCGAAUUCUUUACGGGUACGACCCGAAGUCUCCUACUUCUCCUACGUGGUCUUUUGGCUGGCGGCGUACUUGCAUCUGCAUUACAACGAUGCUGGAGGGUCGCUUAUGGGCUGGAUCCGCAUAGAAGUCCUGCUACGAAACUUGCCGUUCCUUAUAGAGGCAAGGACAAUCCAACAGCACGAUCUGAAUUCAGUGACCCUGACACAGUGAUUAUGUUAACAUGCUUGAGCUACUACUAUGAGGGACUCUCUGAUAAGGAUCUCUAUAAUUCUUUCACUCAUGUCACCAAGUCCGAUCAAGGGCCCAUUGAAUAUGAAGUCUGGGUGAAGGAUGCUCCAGCACUGGCCCAUCAAUUCCGCCAGUUGGAAGGUGUAAGUCUUCAAGACCGUAACUAUUGCGUUGAGCACAUUUUUCCAGCACUUCGAUAUUCGAAGGGUGCGAUCGACUACUUCUUGGCGCACAUAGUUUUUCCUAAAGAAAUGAAGGAAUUUCCUUUGAAGCUUUCUGCAUCAGGUUGGGAUAUUGGAAGGAUCAAGACUCAUCCCACGAGUGGCUUCAGUGGGACAAAUGAUUCGAGGGAUAUUCUUCCUCUUUCUGUUAGACAGCUAGAUCUCACUAAGCAGAAGCAUACAAACGCCUUGGUUCUUGGGUAUCUUCUGCAACCAGAGAACUCUGUCGAAAUUGUGAACCCGACUGAGACAGACAUAACAAAUGUUUGCAGUGUCCUCCAGAUGGUAACCAACAUGACACCGCCAACGCAGGUGAUCUUGGACGUCGGCGCACAGAUUCUUGAGUCGAAUCAAGAAGUUGCUAAGGAAUGGCUGAAGUUGUUGCCAGAAGCUCGGUGCCAAGCCAUCGUUUUCAUCGACGAUAAUGAUGAAUUAAAUGUUCUUGACCGCAAAGGAAUUGUCGAACCAUUACUUAUAUCUCCCUUUGCAAAACAGAUGGAAAAUUUUGUCAUGUUUACCUUGACGAGUCCCAUACUAGAGGCACUGACUUACGAUUGCCACAACACUAUCGUGCUGCAGUCACAUUGGGUGCUAACCUCACUAAAGACAAAUUGGUUCAAGUCUGUCGUGUUCCUAGUCUCCGAAGAAGUCCAGACCAAAAUUCGUUCCUGCGUGUCAAAGACGGAAGACGCGGUUCUUAAUGUUUCGAACGUUUUACGAUGGGCUAUAUCGGAGACAAUGAUUGAUACGUGUCGUAAUAUAGCGCUGUGGGCUGUGCAAGGUUCGAGAUACCAUCGCCAACGUUGCAUCUGGGAAGAGCAAGGGGGUCGGACUGGUCUGACCAGUGACGGGGCAAAGCAGCUUCUAGAACCCGAUGCCCAGACAAUUGAGAAGCGCUACAAUGCUCGCACCAGAGGAGGGCUAGCGUUCCUGGAGGCGCAACUUCUCGAAGAUCCGAGUGUUGAGCCGAUCAUUGAGCGAUGCCGUCAGUUUGCUGACUUGGAUAUUGGUUCAAGCAGUCUUUACGAAGAGCAAGAGCGAGAAUUAGCGCCGGAGAUAGAGCAGGAGCGUGAGAUUAAGAGACCCGAAUCUUACGAGCCUGCAAAGCAUAUGAUUCAUGAAGACCUUCGACUCUUUAUACGCACAGGAUCACUGGACACCGAUUCCAGCGCUUUUAUGCCGGCUUUCAAGUCAUUGAGUGAUACGACAGCGGCUCGCCAUUUGGGACUCAGCAACUACCCACAAAAUGACAUAAUCGUCACAAAAGACUUUGUACGAACCGUCGAGGCAGCCAAACGGGGAUCUAAAUUUGUGUCCGACUCCUACCAGCGUCAAAUUCAAUGGAUCUUAACAAGUGUUGACAACAGCAACACUGUGCAACACCUGGCUAUCAUCAGCCCCUACGAGGCAGAUGUGCUUCUUCCCGAUGUCCUCAAGUCAUCCAAGGUUACCCUACAUCUUUACCCGCCUCGUAGUUCAUUGGCCUAUCAACCAUUGGAUCACUUGAUGUUGUACACCACACCAACCCGCUCGCCCUCUGCAACAAUUCCUCGUCAGUUGAUUACCCAACUCAACCUCUUAGCGGGACAGCUCUAUCUGUCUUCCUAUGACGAAUACCUUGAAAUCUGCAAAUUUCUCAAUCUUGCAUCAGGAAUGACUCCCGAUGGUUGGACGGUGGCAGCCGAUGGCUUUAUCCUCAACCGUGGUGACGAAAACACGCAUCCCACAGCAACGACCUUUCAAACUAGUCCGGUGCAAUUUUUCAAAAUUCUUAUUGCUCAGAUUCGUCGAAACUGCGAAGAUAUCGACAAGACGCAUAUUGGGCGGAUAUUGAAUGGGGGUUUGCUGGAAUUUGGUGGCUUUUUGGAUUAG